AUGUUUUCAACAACAAAAGGCUGUUCACGGGCAUACGCCAUAUUCUACUCCCGGCUUCGGUCUCUCAAGAUCGCCAAAAUUGUUGAGUACGACUUUGACUGGAGCAACGUCAAUGGCCAUACCGUCCUGAGUGCCAGCGGAGAAGAAUUGAGGAUCAACACGAAGCCUCCACCACCUGCGCGCAAGGUCGCUCCACACUUGCGCAAGAGGUUUGAGGACACCAAGGAGGGCCAGCGCCUCUUGGGGGAAAAGGUGUUCACGUACAGUGGGACCGACGCCGAUGGCAGAUAUGUGUAUCAGACAUACUACGAUACGUUCAUCGGCACCCAGCGCCACGUGGACCAGAUCCUGGACCAGCAGAAGAGCAUUUUGGAUGCUCGUUAUGUCGCGGAGGCUUCGGCCACAAACAACAUCGAUGCCCACGCCCACGCCACCGCGGGCGGAGACCUCUCAGACGAAGAUGGCGAUCCGAUCGAUCAGUGA